AUGGCUCCAACGAAACCCGAUCUCGACUUGCACGCUGAAUCCUCGACCUUACAGACACGGCGCAGGGUGCCCACCCUUCCCUUUUACCUGACCACCCUCUGGUGUCUGCAGUGUUUUCGCACUUCAAUUCACAACUGGGAUGCUUCUCUCCCCUUUCAGCCAAGAUGCUGCAUAGACACUGUUGCAUCCAACAUGUGCGGUCGUUGCAUUGCAGCCAACGUCACUUGUGAAUCAGUCUACCGGGGCAUACGGGGCCACGUUUUUGAAUUGAUGGCCUUGAUUGAAUUCUCGAAGCAAUAUUGGCGCAACGACAAUCAGGGAUUUGGAAAGACCAAUGUUGCAGAUCUCGUGUGGGACUAUGGGGUCAUCAAGGAUAUUUCGGAAGCAGUCCGGAGCCUCUGCCUUUCAUUUGAUAACCUGGUGAAGACCCAUGGGGAGGCUCAUAUGCUGACAGGAAAUGCGUCUGAUGGCGCCAAGGCUGCUUACUCUACCUGGUGCAAUGCUAGAGAGCACUCGAUCUAUCCCCAUACCAUGCUUACCGACAACCUGGCUCAGAAAUAUGCCUCCCAAGCCACGGAGCACCUCCGUCUCCGGUUCGGGGAAGAGACACAGGUCCACUGGGAAGCCGCCAUCUGUGCCUUUUAUGAUGCUGUCGAGCGUGCUGUUGGAUGCCACCAGGAGAGAAAUGAAUAA